GUUGAGCUUUGCCAUGCACUGCACAAUCCGUUUAAAUCCGGUCAAAGCAAUUUGAAGCCGGAAGUAGCUACAUGAAAACAAAAUUGUUUCAAUAUGGCGACGACUGGUCAACCACAGCGCCAAAACAAAGGCAGAGUACAAGUUGUGAGAUCCUCUUUGCCAUAUCAAGUCCUCCUCUACCUUAAUGGAUGGUACUUUGCAUUCUUUUUCUUGUGUGAAAUUCUCAUCUAUGUGUACAAAAAUGAAACCCUUCCCUAUGCUGACAAUGUUCUCCCAGCAGAAGUCAUACUGGUGUUCAUUUUAGCAGGCAUAGAAGCUUUACGGUUAUUUUUCGCACAAAAGGGGAACCUGACGGAGCGGAUAGUGGGGGUAGUGAUAUCGAUAUUGCUGAGUAUUCCUGCGGUCCUAGGGGCCCUUUAUCUCAUUUUAUGGCAGACCUAUGUGUUACGAGUGGAUGUCAUUCUUGCUGCCAUUCAGGCCGCUUUCAUAGGACUGGAACUUGUUUUUGGAAUUGUCAGCAUGAUAAAUUUUGCAAGAGCCACGCCAUACUAAUUGAUAUCAGUGCUGUCUUAGAAAGUGGGUCUUUCCUCUUCAGGGUUUCUAGCUGAAAGAAUGACGAGACAUUCAAACAAAAUUUAUUUGAAGUUCACUUGUACCUGAUCUGUUUUUUGUGAUAGCCAAUUAAAAUGACAAAUUUUUAAAAUUACUGAUAUACAUGUAUUUAAGUAAACUGUACUGCCAACAAUGCAUGACUUAGUGUGGCAAAACCUGUCCUUUUACCUGUAUCUUUACUUGUAUAGUGGCAUGGAUUGUGGUUAAUUACCUAUGGGGUCGCACAUGCAUGCAAUUGUAGUUAAAAAAUCCAAUUUACCUUCUGGGUAGUUGUGUACAUUAUACUGUGAAAAUAUCGUUUAAAAUCAGUUGGGCUAACCUUUCCUGGAUUUUCAAUUUUUCAUAAGAGGUUCUUGGUGUCUGAUGUAAAUUCAUAGAUCCACUUGUGUAUAUCAUAAACAAAGACUGUUUUGUCUUUACAUGGGGGACAUUAAUACUUGGGUAAUGGGUACCACUUAAUCCAUGAAAUUUGAGCCCCCACAAAUAGGGAAUGAUUCCACAGUAGUGUGAAUGUGCAUGCUUUCAUGCAAAAAGUGCCAGUGGUUGUGAAUUAUUUCCAUUAAGAUAUUCUGAAUGAGAAAUAUUUUGUAUAAUUUUACAGAUUAAAAGAGAGAAAAUC